AAAGAUAAUAGUGGGCUUUGGUCGACAUUUUUUUUGUCUUGCAAUUCGUACUAAUAUAUCGAGGAUUUUCUUUUUUUGGUGCAAUAUAAAAGAUUUUUGGUGCAAGUGUAUCUAGUAUUUCUCAUCGCAUUCAAAAUUUGUUCUUCCAUUUUUUUGGUAUAGUUUGUGUGUUUUCAAAAUAUAAAAUUACUUAUAAAGUGGUGAACUUACUGGCUACCAUUAUCCUUAAUUCAGCUGGUUCACUGUGUUAUGUAUGUGUUACUUUUUUCAUAAAUCAUCGUGAAAGUCGCUGUUGUGGAUUCUUGAUGAUGUUUUGUGUGUGGUUGGUUUAAUAUUCUUUGGCGCUCUUUUUGAUGGAUUUAAAUUGUGUUAACUAGAAAUUUUCAUUCUUUUUCUAGUUUCUUGCGAGUUGUAUUAGUAUAAUGAUAUCCUAUAAGCUGGUUGCUUGCCUAAUCUUUGAUUCUUUGGUAUGGGUCAUAGCAAACCCGUAACAGCUGAAGGCAGCUCACGUGAUAGCUACACAUCAGGCUUGUUCUUUUCACCGCCGCAGACGCAGCGCAGAAGGACCAAAAUUAUAACUGACUUUUGCCCAAAUAUGUGGAGAACACCGCAGGCAGCUGUACUUUCCACCAUUAAAAUCAGACGCAGCUCUCGUUUAGCUGUCGCUGUUUUACCCAGCGUCACGGAAAACACCGGCGGCAUUUGCAAAAAGUAAUCGCAGCGGCAAGUCAUUUGUUCUCCACCAUAUAUUUUCGUGAUUUUGAUGUGUUAAUUUUGAGACGCUGACGCAGCGUCUGCGGCCGUGAAAAGAACAAGCCUAUCAUAAGAUAUACAUUCUAUAAUACUAAUCACAAAAGUCAAAUACAUUCAUAUUUCCAUGCUUGAAUCAUUCCAACGGCUGAGUUGGUAAAUCUUAUUAAGUCUCUAGAAACUUUACAAGCUAGAUAUGAUCAAAUUGUUUUUUUCGUUCUUUAAAGAUUAUGAGAACAUUUCUCUGAUUUGUGGUUCGCUUGCGGCCCCUUUCAUGUAAUUAGUUACGUAAGCUUUAGGGUAUAUUCCCUUUUAAUAACUGGUGUUUAUUGUUUCUAGUUUAUUUCCUCAGAUAAAUCUGAUUUUCUUUUUGAAUUGUUCUGCCAUGGUUACUUCUGGUUUAACCCUAUGUGCGUACAUGUUGUGACGUUUAAACUAGAAAAAGUGGGAGAAGAGUAAAGUGAAGAAUAUGAGCUAAAAGUCAAAAUAAAAUAAAAUACAGCAAAGGGGGCUAAAGAUUACAAAAGUUAUGUUAGUCAUUCUCACGUUCUUUAAUGUUUUAAGUAGUGCUUUUUCCUUCUAUAAUUUUCCAAGCAUUAAGUUGCUAGAAACCAUAGAGAAAUAGAGAAUAUUAUUUCUCUCCUCUUCAAAUCUUAAAGGUAUUUGUCACGUGAGGAGAAGCCAAGCAUGGCGUCUUGGACAUCAUCUGAGUUCCUCUAUGUAGAGAUAAAACCACCAGGUAUUCAUUUCCUAGAACGUUUUAAGCGUUCAGGCAAACUCUCUUUCAAGCAAUAUCAAUGGCUGGUCUUUGGCUUGACCUUCGUCGCCUAUAUCGCCUUCCACGCUACUCGAAAGCCCAACAGCAUCGUCAAAGGAACGCUCUCUAAAUCACCAACCGGACACUUCAAGGCCACAGACCAAGGCGGAUGGGCUCCUUUCGAUGGUCCAGACGGAACAGCUCUUCUCGGACAAAUUGACUUGGCUUUCCUCUCCGUUUACGCGGUCGGCAUGUUUGUCGCUGGUCACUUGGGUGAUCGUUUGGACCUCAGGACGUUUCUAACGAUCGGUAUGGUCGGGACAGGAGUGUUCACCGCGCUCUUUGGUGUUGCUUUUUGGGCCAAUAUCCAUAGCUUUUACUAUUUCCUAGCCAUCCAGACAUUGGCUGGAUGGUUUCAGUCUAUUGGAUGGCCUUGCGUGGUUGCGGUUUUGGGGAACUGGUUCGAUAAGAAGAGGAGAGGGGUUAUCAUGGGUGUUUGGAGUGCUCACACAUCGAUAGGGAACAUCGUUGGGUCAUUAAUCGCGACCGGGCUUUUGAAGUUCGGUUGGGGAUGGUCUUUUGUUGGUCCAGCCUUGCUCAUCACGUUUCUUGGCCUUGUGGUUUACCUCUUCUUGCCUGUGAACCCUCCUGCUGUUGAAGCUGAGAGAGAUGGAACUGAAGUUGAUUCUACAAUGAGACUUGGUGACACCAUUACUGAAAGCUUCUUGAGCUCCAGGAUGAGUACUGGUUUCGACAGAAGAGCCGUAGGGUUCUUAGCCGCUUGGAAGAUCCCUGGUGUUGCCAUUUUCGCCUUCUGUCUCUUCUUCACGAAACUUGUGUCUUACACUUUCCUUUAUUGGCUACCUUUCUAUGUAAGCCAGACCGAGAUAGGAGGAGAGCAUUUGUCACAAGAGACGUCUGGAAACUUGUCUACACUCUUUGAUGUUGGUGGCGUAGUUGGAGGAAUCUUAGCUGGAUACUUCUCUGAUCAACUUGAUGGGAGAGCAAUCACAGCUGGGGGAUUCAUCUACUUAACUAUCCCAGCUCUGUUUCUGUACAGAACCUACGGUCAUAUCUCAAUGACAAUCAACAUCAUCCUCAUGUUCACGGCUGGUGUGUUUGUUAAUGGACCAUAUGCUUUAAUCACAACCGCGGUUGCAGCUGAUCUUGGUACUCACAAAUCGCUUAAAGGAAAUGCGAGGGCUUUGGCUACAGUCACUGCUAUUAUAGAUGGAACAGGAUCUGUCGGUGCAGCUAUUGGACCUGUUCUUACCGGUUACAUCGCAGCCAUUAGUUGGGAUGCUGUGUUUUACAUGUUGAUGACCGCAGCUUUGAUCUCUGGAUUGCUUCUUACUAAGCUUAUUAUAACAGAAGUGAAAACUUUGUUGUAUGGAUCAUCUGAAGAGGAUGAAAUUGUUUCUGCUGCUUCUGAACCAAGACCUCCCAUUGAUGUCCUCAUAUGAUAUCAUCACUUGUUUUUGUGUGUGUGUGUUUUUUUUGUUUAAUCUGACGUGUAUUGUGUUGAUGACUUGGUUCUUUUUGUCAUUGUAACAUCUUUUGUUGUGUUUAAGGGUUUGAAUGGAAACAAUCAAUUCUGAUUUAUUUCCGAAACAAGUAACCGAACCUAAAGAGGGUAACUUCAUGUAGAAGUUAUCUUUCUUAUGGAUUAAUAUCUCCGGAAAGGAUCAAGAACUAUUUAACUUCUUCAGAACUGGCUGGAGCCGGUAAUCAUGAUCCUAAUGUAACUGUGGCUUUGUGAGGGAUAUGUUCCUAUCUAGAACUCCCCAGGAGCUCGAAGGAACUGUGGAAUACAGCCUGAAAGGUGAUCAAAGAAGAAAUUUCACCUUAAGGAACAGUAAUCCAUGGAUGAAAAUGGUGGAUGAGGACGACGAAUGAGACAGAUAGAUUAGAGAGAGAUAAAAGAUGAAUAAUGUUUGAUUAAUUUCUCAAAAUAGUCUAAAGAUGAAUAAUCAUCUAUACUAUAUUAAAAGGUAUAUAUGAGCUCCAUUGAGUCUAUCCAUCUCAGCAUGGAAAAUCAUCCAAUGGGAUGGGUUCUUUUUGCCACGUCAUUCGUUCAUUCACACAACAUACGGACCUCUCCGUUUCGUCUUCCUCCCAUUACACCACUUCCGAUUCUCCUUCGCCUCCACAUCUAAGUCUCAUAAAAUUCAUGUGCUUAUCAUAACCCAAACGACAUGAAUCUGUUCCGAUGGAAUAAACCCUCUAUUGGUUUGUUAUGGCUAACUCGAGAAGGAGGGGAAAGCGGCGUGGAUGGAGACGGCGGCGGCGGUUACGUCGGAGUCAGAGAAAUUGAGAUUGGUUUUGACGCCGGAGCAAACCGUGUCCCAGAGAUCCGGAGUGAGGCGUGUGGAUCUGAUGAGGUCGAAGGCUAGCUUCUUGCAAACGGCUGACGCCGGAGAUGCGACGAUCUCCUCCACUGCGGAAUUGGCUAUCACCGAAAAGUCCUGUCUGGUGGCAGAUUGUUAGAGAGCGGAUGAUUGGCUAAGGGCGUCAUUCGAACGGAGAUCGGCCUGUAUCGGCCUGGAACGGAGGUGAUUGCUUACCAUUUUGAUGGAAACAAAUAUUUAGAUAUGUGAGAUUUAUAAUUCUGAGAAGUACAUAAUAAAAUUGGCAUAGGUUUGCCUCAAUCAAGUUUGUGGUUUCAAAGAAACCUGAUGGUCUAUAUCCUGUUGUUAGUGGAACAGGUAAUGUCGCUAAGGUAAAUAUGUUAUGUAUUCGCACUAUCUAUUGUCAAUAUUUUCACUCGCUAAAGGUCGACGAAAAUAUAUAUUCCUGCUCAGGUGACAAGAGACAGAGCAUAAAGAGUAUAUGGUAAAGAAAAACUGGAGAAAACAUAAACAUAUAAACUUUGGUUCUGGAUAUUCUAGAGGUAUAUUAUGUUUAUUGCUCAAAUAUUUAUCUUUUAGUAACCAUUUAUACAGUAAUAUGUUUGUCAUAAAAAUAUAGAUCCUGAGACAAAUCAUGGUUAGAAAAUAAAAGUUAAUGAAUACAUAUCCACUGUGAGGAAUAAAUAUAGGAGAGGUGUUGCUUCACAGUAGGAGGGUUUUCUCUGGUGUUACGUCCUAGCGGAAGCAAGGCACCUUGCUUUGAUUUGGGCCAUUGAGAGCAUGUCAUCUCACAGGCUGAAUAAAGUAAUUUUUGAAACUGAAGAUGCAGAUUUGGUGGGUGCGGUGAAAAGACCGAGGGCGUGGCCAUCUUAUCGUGCGUAUGCUAUGGAGAUAAAAACUGCACUGAGUAAUAUGCAUGAGUGGGAAUUGGAGGUGGUAUCAAGGAAAUCGAAUAUGAUCACCUUUUUGAUCGCAAGAAGUGUCACCAUGGAUAUGAGGUUGCAGUCGUAUGUUGCAAGGGGAGAGGUUGCUUGGCUGAGGGGUUUGUUCGCAGAAGAACGACUAACUUGCUAAAGGUAUUGAUAUGAGGAAAGGGGAUUAUGUUGGUGGGGUGAUGUCUAUGUUUUGUGGUGGGAAGACGUGAAUGAGUCUCAGGCUCUGUUCUUUUUGGGUGCUGUUUUAAUUUUUGGAUUGCUCGUAUGAGACUUUGGUUAUUGUUUAUCAUCAAAUAUACGUAUUUUCAUAGGAAAAAAAUCACAGAUUCACAAUCAUCAAUCUCAUAAUAUAUAAAAAUUUAAAACCAAUUUGAAUUAGAUAACAUAUCGUAAAAACUAAUUCAAAAAACGCAGGAAAAUUAGUGUGCUAAUAACACCGUCAAGAAAAUUUACUUCCAUUAUUCCAUUGAUAUUAUUAGAACUUAAAAGAAGAAGAACAAACCACUUUUAUGUCAAGAUAAGAGGGCCAAAUUACAUUUUCCAUCUUUAGUGCGUAAAUGUGAGUUACUCAUUUUUUAUAUUUCAAAAUUAUGAAUAUUUUAUAAUAAUACAAAUUCUAUGCUGACGGGAAAAACAAUUAUGUUCCAAACUUAGAGCUAACAAAACCAGGAAGUUUUUGUAAAUAUUCUGACAAAAUUUGUAAACGAUAUAUAUACAAAGGAUUUUAAGAAUUUUAAUUAAAAAUGAAAAACACAAUAGAGAAGGAUAUCCAAAUUUAAUGAUCAACUGCUUAAAAUACCAUACUUUAGAUACUGUUUUUAAUAUUAUUUCAAACACAAAUAUUAUAGAAUUUGAAUUUACAGUAUAUUAAUUAUUAUUUAGUAUAUAGAGGAGAGGUUGAGUUUAUACACUUCUAUAAAUAUUUUAUAAAUGAUUCUUAAACAUUUAUAAAUGAUUUAAGAAAAUUAGUCUUAUUUUCAUCACAGAUUUAAGGUAUUUAUGCAAAUUGUUAUUUUUAAAAAUAAAUUUAGAAAAUAUAUCAAAUAUUAUGGUAAAUUUAGAAUUCCUUUAAUUUAAUAACAUAAAUAUGUAAUUUUGGCGUUAAUUUUUGAAUUAUUUCAAUAAAAAGUUCAUAAUUAACUGACUGGAUACAAAAUCACAACCUAGAUAUUAAUCACAAAGUUCAUAUGUUGUUAUCUAAUAUCUAUAUCUAUAAUAUCUUCUAUCUUUGUUCUUGGAAAUCGAUGAUGAAAAACAUGAAUCUCAUGAAAACGAAUAAUUUUUAAAAGAUAUUAUUUAGCAGAGAACGACAAAAAUAAAAUAAUAUUUAGUAGAGAUAUUUAGUCUUUGUAGCUGUAAACUUAAUUAUUUGCUUUAGAAUAUAAGCUGUAAAUUUGUAAAAAAAAAUGUUGUAGCUGUAAACUUAAUCUAUUGAAAUAGAUUUAUAUCAAUAACUUUCAAAGCACUAAAUAUAAGUUCUUAAGAAAAUAAUUUUCAUAGCCAAUCUAUUUUCAGUUUAACUUUUGAAUUGUACCUUUAAAUUAUUUUUUUAAAGCAUGAUUGGUAAAUUAGAUUAGUUGUGAAAAAGUGUGGAAAGCAUUCAGAGUACUUACCAAUCACCUUCGAAAACUAUUAUAUUUUUUCAACAUUUAUGAAAUUUCAGAAAAAUACUCAAUAAGAAAUUAUCUUUUUACCUAUUAUCAAGGUAUUUACAAAAUAAAAUAUUUAUUGUAUCUAACUUUUUUGAAUUUAGAAGAAAAUUUCAGCAACCCCAUUUUAUUUUUCAUGCAUACUUCUAGAAAGUUUAGUUUUCUUGGUAAAAACUUAAACUUUUAGCCACUAAUUAUACAAUACGAAUCAGAAAGAUAUAAUGAACAGAGGAGUUACGAAAUCAAAAUUUAAAAUGAUUGAGAUUUUAACCUGUUUUUCUACUGUGAUAAUAUAAUAGAUUUUAUAAUUAUUUUUGUUUGCAUUAUAAUUAAAUUUUAUUUUAGUAAUUUAUAUUUAUCACAGUUUUCAGUAUAUACUAUAUCUUUAAAUAUACUAACAUACUAUUUUAAAAUUAAUGAAAAUAAACCCGGGCGUAGUCCGGGAAAAGCUCUAGUACAAUACUAGAAGUUGAAUAAGAGCUCCAUUCAUGCUGUGCAUGUCAUCACAAAUAAUCAACCAAUCAGAACAUUUUAUUUUUGGGUCUGAGCUUAAAUUUUGGUUUAGGUUGUACUUAAAGUUCGGUUACUCCUAAAAUACACAUGAAUGAAAAUCCUAAAUCAGAUGAAUCAAAAAAAUGGAAGUCGUGUCUCCUAUUCCUUCAUCGGCGAGUCAGCGACGCCUGAGGUUUUCUAAGUCGUAUUUUCAAGCACUAGGUGUUACUGGAGUCGGUUUAGGUAUCUCUACACCGCCGCCAGGGCAUUGCCUCUUCCUUCUAAUUCAGCCCUCUUGAAGCGAUCAGUUUGAUUAUGUGAUUGUUGAUGAGCAGAAGUAAGGCUGAAACGUUCCGGUGAGACUACUAUUACGAGAUUGGUACCUUCUAACUCCAACUCUAAUCUGGAAAUCGUUAAAACCGAGCCUGGUGAGACAGAUUCAUCGUAGAUCUAUUUACAGAUAAAUGAUCGAUAUGAGUUUCCUCUUGAACUGGAUCUUCACAGAGAUAAUAGAAAGUAUUUAUCCCCUGAUGCUGACAAGAGUGUCCGUAAUCUAUACACACUCCACAGUCCACAAGUAUAUAUUUCAGUUGUAUCUUAGUUUUUAUAACUUGAGUUACAGAAGAUUCAAACAGAGCUAUUCAUAAAUAUGAUAGGAUGUUUUCUUCAAGUAUCAAGUUCUUUUGAUUCUCUGCUAGGUUUUCCUUCUCAGGGAGUGUGAUUGCUGGAGCUUAGAUUUCCUUAUUAUAUGGUCAUUUAAAUUUCUUUUAUGAUCGUUAAACACAACAUGAAUUAUGUUGUAGUUAUUGUUCGUGUUACCUGCCUGAUGUGCUUGCUUGAACUGUUCUCAUUUGUGUGCAGUGUCUUAGUUCAUAGUGGCGGAGUGCAUGGAGGCCAGUAUUAUGCUUUUAUUAUGCCAACUCUCUCCGACCAGUGGUAUGUAUCCUUAUUUUCUCUCAGAAAGUUUCUUCAUUUCCAAGUUUUCUCGAAAUUCUAUUUUUCCUGUCUUUGCUCAUGGAUUACUACACAACUGUUGUGCUGGAUCUGCUGCUUCUAUUAUUAGGAAGAUCUGUUUUUUUCUUUUGUUUUUUUCCUACCCGUGGACUAAUUUAAGACCUCUGGAGACGUGUGUUUGUAUGAAUUUAUGACUUAUCAGUCAAACUGAGUUUUGACUAGCGUCUCCUCAUCUAAUUGCAUUUGCUUAGCCUUGGCUUUUACUUUGUGUGUGAUACGAAGAGGAGUUUGUGGCAUAUUCUGCUGCUGUCAACUGUCUAAAGAUCGGAAGGAAACCAUCCAGGGUUUUGGUCACUGGUGGGGAAGAUCACAAGGUCAAUCUCUGGGCUAUUUGUAAGCCCAACGCCAUCCUGGUCAGUUCUUUCUUCCCUUCUACUGCUUCUCUUGAUGUAAUGUAGUAGCGUGGUCUCUCUUUUACUGAGUGUCUAUCUUAUCUGUUUUGUGGCCAGAGAUUCAGUUACCUUUGAUGCUUCCGAGGUCUUAGUUGCAGCAGGAGCUGCUAGCCAGAACAAUGAAGGUGAGACACAAGUUAUAAUUUUGUAUGUUGAAAGAAAUUAUAUCUUACGUUUAUUGGACAUUUCUCAUAACUCAUUGUUGAUAUGUAUGAAGAUAAAAGGAUGUGGAGGGAUGGCACGAAAGAUAUGUUUCUUAAGACUAAAUGUUAAAGGUUGGAGUUCUUUCAAAGAGUUCAUAGACAAAGAAGUUUAUAAGGAUUUGGCUGAUGUUGAGGUCAAGCUUGGCGAGCUAGAAGCUGAACUUUCCGAAAGCAAUGUUGUUAAUGACAAGCUGCAGCGCUCUUACAAUGAACUUGUGGAGUACAAGCUCCUUCUUGACAAUUUAAUAUGACAGAGAGUCCUCAUUUGGUUCAUAACUAAUUUGACAGUUUUGUAGUUAAAAUAUACUAUUAUAAAUGAUCUUUGGUCAGCACAAUUUUAAUGAAUGUACAUGACUUUCCAUGAAUUGCGUAUUUAAACUGUUAUCUUAAAGCGUCGGAUAUAUAUCUCAUGCAUUCAUGUGUCUGUUGUGAGUUUUUUAGGCUGGUGAUCUUUUUGCUUCAGCCCAUAGACAUCCUUGAGGCUCCUUUGCUGCAGGAAGUACGAGAUAUGCAACUGUUUUACUUUUCCAAGUUGUGUGUUUCUGCAAAUAGCCUUAUAAGCUGUCCUUUUUAACAUGAGUAGCCUACUGAUCCAACAAAGCAAGUAAAGCUUGGAUUCCUCAAUGGGCUGGUGCCAUGCAAUAAGUCUAUGGUGUUCCAGAGGAUCCUAUUUCGAGCACCUAAGGUAACAUCUUAAUACAACAGUCUGAGUUCGUUGUUGAUCCCAACUCUAGGGGAAAAGGUUAACUUCUUAUUUUCUACUCUUACUUCUUAGAAAUUAAAAGUGCAGCAUUUUUCUAUUGCAGGAGUUUGGCUGCUUUUAAUGUAUAUAAUUUUUUCCCCAUAGUCUCAUGCAAGUUAGAGUCUAAAUUAUAUAUGUAGUUUAUGCGUUCUCAUCUGCAUAUGUUUAUAUUUGACAUUGAUUCUGUCUCUAUUUUUUAUUCUGUUUUGUUGAUCUACUAACCAAGAAUAGAUUUACAUGGAUUCCCAAAAAAAGAAGUGCAAAAAUUCAAUACAAGAUACCAUGAUAUAGCUUUCAGUGAAGAUUUUGGCAGACAAGCUCAAAUGAUGAUUGAAGUAUGUAUUAUCUCUUGAUAUAUGAUUGAUUCUGCUGUUUUUCCUUCUGACUCAUCAUCAUGAAUUCUAAGUAUUCUUUUAGAUGUACAACUAUUAAUUUAAUUUCUGGGCACGAGUGACAAGUGAUAAUGAUAAGCUACAAUACCGUUACGUGAGGAGGAAGAAAGAGUUGGUCGAGAGAGAAGCGCGGGAGAAUGGGGAGAAUGAAGAUUUGAAGAAAGACUCUGAGUCGUCGGGAGGGUCUUGAAGAAAGAAGAAGAAAGAAAGACUCUAGACGGGAAAGAGGGUUUUCUGUUAGAUUCCGUUGGAUGCUUUAAAUAGAGGACUUUGUUUUCAUUGUUGGGUAGCUUUGUAUUUUGGAUUGAGUCGUGAGACUUGAGGAGGAAUUCGCCUGGGUUAAGCCGGCGAUUCUCAGUUGAUUCUUAAUACAAAGUGCAGUUACGUUCA